GGCUUGUGCUUGCUCCCCGCCCCGGCACGGUGGUGCCCAGUGUCCUCGCAGACUGGCACUGUGAUGGGAUGUGCGUCCUCCUAGCUUCCUCCGUGAAUGUUGGCCCUGCCUAGAUGUGAAGCUUCCCAGAAUGCAGUCAUUCACUGUAGUUCUUACUGAAAUGCACACUUUAUUUAAUGAGAGUGUACAUGGACUACAAUGCCACCACUCCGCUGGAGCCAGAGGUCAUCCAGGCCAUGACGGAGGCCAUGCAGGAAGCCUGGGGAAACCCCAGCAGCCCUUACCCAGAAGGUCAGAAGGCCAAGGGCGUCAUUGCCGCGUCCCGGGAGGCUGUGGCGCUGAUGCUGGGUGGGAGGCCGCAGGACAUCGUCUUCACCUCCGGGGGCACCGAGUCCAAUAACCUAGUGAUCCACUCGGCGGUGAAGCACUUCCAGAACACCCAGGCUCCCGAGGGCAGCGUCGGGGAGCAGCAGAGCCCCAGGGAGGUGGCCAGGCCCCACAUAGUCACCUGUACUGUGGAGCACGACUCCAUCCGCCUGCCCCUCGAGCACCUAGUGGAGGAGCAGGUGGCCGAGGUCACCUUCGUCCCCGUGUCCAAAGUGAGCGGGCAGGCAGAGGCAGAGGACAUCAUGGCCGCGGUCCGCCCAACCACAUGCCUCGUGACCAUCAUGCUGGCCAACAACGAGACCGGCGUCGUCAUGCCUGUCUCUGAAAUCAGCCAGCGUGUGAAAACCCUGAACCAGAAGCGGGCGGCUUCUGGUCUGCCCCGCGUGCUCGUGCACACAGAUGCUGCGCAGAUGGUGGGGAAAAGGCACGUGGACGUGGAGGACCUGGGCGUGGACUUCCUGACAAUCGUGGGCCACAAGUUCUAUGGCCCCAGGAUUGGUGCGCUGUACGUACGAGGCCUCGGCAAGCUGACGCCCCUGUACCCCAUGCUGUUUGGAGGUGGACAGGAGCGGAAUUUCAGGCCAGGGACAGAGAACACCCCAAUGAUCGCUGGUCUCGGGAAGGCUGCUGAGCUGGUGACCAAGAACUGUGAGGCCUAUGAGGCUCACAUGCGGGACGUCCGGGAUUACCUGGAGGAGAGGCUGGAGGCUGAAUUUGGCAGGAAGAGGGUCCACCUGAACAGCUGCUUCCCCGGGGCUGAGCGCCUUCCCAACACCUGCAACUUUUCCAUCCGGGGACCUCGGCUCCAAGGUUACCUGGUGCUCGCACAGUGCCAGACACUGCUGGCCAGUGUGGGGGCUUCGUGCCACUCGGACCACGGGGACCGGCCGUCCCCGGUGCUGCUCAGCUGUGGCGUCCCCUUCGAUGUGGCCAGGAACGCACUCCGGCUCAGUGUGGGCCGCAGCACCACCAGGGCUGACGUGGACCUCGCUGUGCAGGACCUGAAGCAGGCUGUGGCCCAGCUCGAGGGGCAGGCCUAGGUGUCUACCGCCCUCUAGGACGCCUCAGGGAGCAUUGGGCAAGUGCCUUCCUCCCACCUGCCUGGCACAAGCUCCACUGCCCAACCUGGGGCACCGGCACCACAUGGGCCGUUCUCACCACACCGUGGGGCCACAUGCCCAUCCUGCAGGAUGGGUGGGCCUGUCCAAGUGUCCCCCUCUGGAAGGUGGUGUUUUACCCCAAAGAUAAAAUCCACAUACCCAUCUCAGAGAGCUAGUAUCACAAAAAUAGGAAACAGCUGGAUGCUGUGGUGGGGUGGAAUCCCAGCUACCGUGGAGGCUGAGGCAGGAGGAUGGCAAGUUUGAGGCCAGCCCAGCCUACCAGGUGAGACCCUGCUUUAGUAGACGUCAAGGUACAGCCUGGGGUAGAACACCUGCCUGCUGUGUGCCCAGGGCUGAAAACAGGAAGCUUUUUGUUGCUUGGAUCUGCACACAUUGGCAAGGGGUUCCUGGGCCCUGAGCCCUUUCCCGACUGGGGCCCCUUCAGCCUUGCCAUUCACUCCACUGUGCUGACCUGGAGUGGGUGUCAGACCAUCCCCAACUCUUGUCACCUUUUUAUUCACACUCUGAAUCACUUCCAUGUAGCACGGUGCUAUGUCAAAGGCUGGCCCCACACAGAAAGGCACCGGAGUUCUGAACACGUGGUUUUGAGGAGUACAGAGCUGCAGGGGAAGCC